UUCAACUGCAUGCAGCAAGUACUCUAGGUGUUUAAGCGCCUCUCUCUCUCUCUCUCUCUCCCCUAAUUACGUUGUUAGCAAUCUGUACAUUCAAAAACUAAACACACUAUCAUGGAUACCCUCCCUCUUCUAUUUAAAAAUCAUUAAUGCCUUCAUAGUUUUCCUGGAUUGCUUAUGCUUUAUUCUUUAACCUAUAAAAAGCUAAACCCCCGUGAAUUUAGACUUCAUCCUGAUGGCUGAUGCAAGUGCAACCAUGAUGAAACUGAGACUUAGAUCCGUCGAAUCCAACCAAACCCACAGAAUCGAAGUUCCCCCACGUUCUACUCUCCAACAACUUCAAGAAACCCUCUCUCAAUCAAUCUCCUCUUCCUCUUCCUCUUCUCUUCAUAUCUCUCUCAAUCGCAAGGACGAGCUCCAGGGCUACUCACCCGAGGCAUCCCUGCACUCCCUUGGAAUUACCUCAGGUGACCUUCUCUAUUUCACCUUCGAUCCCGCCGGCUCCUCUUCUCCAAUCCAAACCCAGGUUAGCAAACGUCUCAUUUCGAUCGAAACCAUGUCGUCGUCGAAGAAGAUCACCCUGAAGAGUUCCGAUGGCGUGCUCUUCCAGGUCGACGAGGCUGUGGCUCUCGUGUCUCAGACCAUCAAGGACAUGAUAGAGAACGGUUGCGCAAUCGAAGAUGGCAUCCCUCUUCCCAACGUGACAAGCAAGAUCUUGGAGAAGGUCAUCGCGUACUGCAAGGUGCACGUCGGAGCUGCCAACUCUGAGGACCGCACCUCCGAAGAUGAUCUCAAGGCCUGGGACGCCGACUUCGUCUGGGUUGACAAGGCCACUCUCUUCCAUCUCAUUCUGGCUGCAAACUAUUUGAACAUCAAAAGCCUCCUGGAUCUGACAACCCAGACUGCGGCGGACAUCAUCAAGGGAAAGACCGCAGAGGGGAUCCGUGAGUUCUUUAACAUGGAGAGUGACGCUACCGCGGAGGAACAGGAAGUGAAUCGUCUGGCAGAGAUUCGUCUUCAGGAGGAGAAAAUUUUUCUUCAAAAUAUUUUUUUUUAUAAAAUGAAGGAUAUUGUUUAUGGUAGUGCUUCUGUUCUUGUGGCUGCAUCUCUGCAGACAAAGUUAGGAUUUUCCUCCAUCCUUCUGUAAACAGAUUGACCCAGCUUCCUCCUCCGGUAAGCACUGGAUUGUUCUCUGUACUUCCUAGCCAUUAUAACAUGCCAAUGGUUCUUCACUGCAUUAUCAGUUCUUCCAGGGAAAAGUCUAGCUAUCAUGGCCCAUUUAUUUCCAUAAAUUCUAUGCGCUUGCAUAAGCCUUUCUUCUUCUUCUUCUUCACUGAAAGCUCUUCUGUUGAUCCUUGGGUCCAACUGGUUAAACCAUCGCAGUCUGCAACUCUUACCUUUUAACCCAGAAAAGCCACGAAAAAUAGGAAUGAGGAAUAGUUACAUAUAUAAUGAAAAGACUGAUAAUAAGGUAUUUUAAUAGUUUACCCAAAGAACGAUAUUACAUCGGAGAGGAAAUGAGUGAAAAUAAAAACAAGUUAUCUUUCCCUCACUUCCUUACCCGAUCUUCCUUCUAACUUCUCAGCUAUGAGGUUCCAGUUCUGAGGGCCAUAAAAGAGCCACAAGUUCCUUGAGCUUGGUAUCCUCUACGGGCCUCCAAUGCCCCCUAGCACAAAGUUUCGGCUGCCCGGUAUCUGUUUCCUUCCCACUCAUCACAUUCUCGUUCGAGUUCUUAUCAUUUAGGUCGACAUUCUGAUCCAUGAGUUCAUUAUUUUUCCCAAAAUCAUCUCUGCUGUCAGAGUCCUUACUCUCUCCAGCAUUGCUGUUGUGGUGCUCUUCAAAACUUCUUCCAAUGGAGUUCCCCCUGAACGGCAGUUCUCAACUAAUAAUAGGAAGAAAGCCAAAAUAAAAAAUAAAUAAUAUUGCACUCUAUCUAUAUCGGUACCAGUUCUCAACUAAUAAUAGGAAGAAAUCCAAAAUGGGUUAUCUUGCAGAUGCCUUUAAACAAACACUGGUCAGAAAGACAGCAGAUGCCUUUAAACAAACACUGGUCAGAAAGACAGCAGAUUUCAACAUGAAGAAAUGCCCUUCUUCGCACAGUACCUCUUUACAGAACGUUGAACCGUGGGGGUUAACUUGGAGGGAUGGAGGCGUUAAUUUGGAGGGAUGAAUUUCUUGAACUGAAAAUGUAUUUGGAGCUUUCUUUGGAUCUGAGAUGCGUCGCGUACGGAAAGGGGAAAGGGGGAAGACGAAAUGUGUACGGGAAGGGAAAAGGGGGAAAGGGAGAAGACGAAAUGCGUACGGGAAAGGGAAUUAAAAAAAUAAUUUACUGUACACUAAAAAAAAUAAAUAAAUAAAAUAAAAGCCACGUGGGCGGUGUGUGGUGUGGGCGGAAGGUUGGGGCUUAAGCGUAGCAUUUCUCUUGUUGUAAGGGUCCAGCUGACCGUACUAAGAGCAUUUACAUUGGUCUAUGUAUGUGCAUAUGCAAAAUUACUGUUUUUGUAUAUCCACUUUGUCAUUUUAACAAAAUUUUCACGUUGGAUUAUGCAUAUUUAUAUUAUCAUUUUAUUUUAAUAUUUUUUUGCCAAUUUUUUUUUUUUUUAGUGUAAUUUCCAUGUACUGGUUUAUACAUGCAAUUAGUACCCAGUACAUUGAAAAUGCUAUGCCACCGAACCUGUAGAAUGAAAUAAUGAAGAUUAUUUUAUGCAUCCA